AUGCUAUCUUCGGCCUCAUCGUCUGCUGUGACUAUACCAACUCCCGGAAAGUCCAUCCUCAAGCGACCACCGCCACCACAGCAGUCGUUCUUCUCCUUGGCUCGCCUCUCGAAGCUCCUGCCAACUCAACAGGCGAACGCGAACCAGGAUGAGGCCUCGACGCUCAAACGAGCGCAUUUUAUCCUUCCGGAGAUGACGGUUGUAUACCCAAUAUCUGCGGCUAAUCCACCGUCCAUGCCGAACAUGAAGGAAGAGAAGAAGUCGAUCGAGGAGCGGGAGCUGGAGAGGAGACGGCGCAUACUGAGAGGCGGAUCGAGCACGGCGAGCGUCGACGGCGACGAGACGUGGUGGAAUCUCGACCAGGUCGAGUCGUUCUACAGAGAAUGUUGCGUGGGUCGAGAGGAGGUUCCAGAUCCAGGCGUGUCCCUUGCCUUCAAGCGCGCUGCAGGCUCGAACCCUCGCACUGUCGAUCUCUCGGGUAUACAGUUGACAAUUGGAUCUGCAUCGGUGCUCUCGGAUGUCUUCACCAUCGAGUGGGGUCUGCGGAAGCUUGUAUUCAAGGAGUGUGAUUUGGACGAACAUAUACUCAAGCCAAUACUUCACUCAUUGUUGAUACCAGACAGCCUCACCUUCCUGUCCGUUGCGUCUAAUCGACGACUAAAGCCCGCUGCUUUUCGACUACUUGGCGCUUACUUGUCCAAGACAAACAGCCUGCAAUUCCUAGACCUCGCGCAGAACUCGCUUGACAAGAAGUCAAUUGAAUACAUUGCCAGCGCACUACCUGAAACACCGAAGUCGGGUCUCGUAUCCCUCCGGUUAGACGACUGUUCGCUCAAACCCACCGCCCUAGACGCCCUAGCCAACGUCGUCCGCAAGUCCUCCUUGCGCAACAUAUCCCUACGGCUGAACCGCAUCAGCGCCGCUGGUGCGGUCGCCAUCGCACUAAUGAUCAAAGACUACCCCGACCGCUUCCCCAACGCCGGGCCCUCCUCCCCACUCUCACCGUCCAUCAUCAGUCCCGAGUCCACCCCGCCGCCCACACCACAGAUGCCUGCAUUCUCCCUCCCGCGCACCGACUCCAUAGCGACACCUCCCCCACCACGCACGGGCCCUCUCCCGCCUCCACCACGACACCCUAACUCCGUGCCACAUACUACAUACACCCCAUAUAUCCCCCGUGCUCGUCGUGUAGCAGCCGCUGCUGGUGGCAACAGCACUGCGGCUGCAGCGAAUACGAAUCCGCUGUCGUCGAACGGGCAGCCCGUCCCGAUCAUCACGUCGUCAGCGCAGGGAGGGAUCACUGCGAGACAUCCAAUGCCACCGGUGACUCACGGAGCGAGUCAGUCAGCUCUGGGACAUGCGCACGGGACGCAAAGGUAUGACCAAGGCCCGAGUGCGGCGUUACUGGACAAGGUACGCGCGCUGGACAACUUGCCGCGGCUGGGUGCGCUGCGGACGCUGGAUCUGAAGGGCAAUGAUAUACGGACCGGGAUCACGUACAUCUCCCAGGUGCUGAAGCGCAAUCGCACGCUGAAGGUGCUCAACUUGAGCGAGAACAAGCUUGAUGUCCAAGGAUUGGUGGCUGUCGCGGAGGCACUGAAAUACAAUUCGUGCCUAGAGACGCUGGACCUAUCGAAAAACCCUUGCUGUGGUCCAGGCCUGGAAGGGAUCCAGUCACUACGGACAGCGUUCACUCUCAACGACGCGCUCAAGCGAUUGUUCUUGUCUUCUACAGGCAUGACAUCUUCUGGCGCGAUAGCGCUUGCAGAGUUCCUCCCCGAAUCGAAGUCGCUCCUCCAUCUAGACCUGACCAUGAACAACCUCGACCUCGCUGGCGUCAUGGCGCUUAACUCAGGGCUGAAAGCCAAUCAUACCAUGCGGUGCCUCGAUCUGAACAUCCCUCCAGCCGACGAAGAGAUGGCUCGUAUGUGCCGCGAUAUCCUCAACACCUGUGUCCGCAACACGGAGGAGGCAGAGAGGGCCGCCAAUCCGUCCAGUCCUGACGGGGCCAGCGGGCGUGGCCAGGGCAAAGGCGUCUGGAACAUGAUCGAGGAAAGCGAGCUCGCGAGGACCUUCCGGCAGGACGGUCAGAAAAAGGUUGCACCCCUUUCUGAGACUUCCUCCCUCGCGUCUGCAAGCCCGACUGACGUCCCUUCCGCGGAACAACAGACCGUCUCCGGAAUCAUCGUACGGGCGCGCGCGUGCAAGACUCAGCUCGAAGACACCCUCGCCCGCUCGCCGUCCUCAUCGCCGUCCGCACCGUCAAGGCCCGUGCAGGACGAGGUGGCGGAGAUGAGCGCGAGCGUGAAGGAGGUGCAGAAGUCGUUGAUGACCAUGAUCGAGUCGACCCCAGAGCCGGAACGCCUGCAGGAGCUGCUCGCGCUCAACGAUGACCUGACGGCCCUGCUCGGCCGGUGUGCGCCGCAGAAGCCCAACUUAUUCUUGCAUGGACUCGGGUUGCACGUCGAGAAUGGCAAGGCGAACGGCUCUGCAAGCGACAUGCCGUCCGGGAAUGGCCACGCUGUGCAUCUACCGUCCGACGAGAGCGACGAUGAACCGGUCACCCCGCGAGUGGACAAGGGCAAGGGCCGCGCUGAGCCGGAGCCUGUAGAACCGGAGAAGGUUCUCACCCCGCCAGCGUUCCACCUGGGCGAUUCAGACGACGAAGAUACACACCUCGGAGACGAGCUCAUCGCAGCUGAGCCAGACGGUAUGGUCUCCCCUACGACAGACAUGUCACGGAGCUGGGUGGAAGAGGAAGGCGAAGUGUUCCGCAAGGGAACCGUUCUGCUUAGUCCGGAGGAGAUGGAGGGCGACUAUGAUAGCGAAGAACUACGUAGAGAGCUGUUGGAUGCGAUGGUCGAACGUCCGCCGCCGCGCGCUGUUCUCGACGAGUUUGGUGCUGAAAUUGCACCGGAUCUACCCGCCACUCCCACGUCGCCGCAGCCGGAGAAGCCCCCUCCGCGCCCAUAUAUACGCCGCUCGCGCUCGUCGUCCUCGACGAUCAGUACGACGGACGUCCCUCCGGAACCACCAUCGCUAGAGAAGAUUGAUGCAUUGCGAACUGCCAGUCCUUCGCCAUCAACUCCCACGUCGCCUUCCGUGCAGAUAAAGGCUUUCCUUAGCAGGAGAUUAUCCUCUGCCUCGACAACCUCGAAAGAUUCGGAUUAG